AUGCAGGAAGCCAUAACCGAGGAACGUAUAGGAUUCAAUAUUCUGGAUCAGUUGACUGAGUUCAAGGUAUCACCUGAUCCAGAGCAGGAUGCGCGGCUUUUGAUCCUCGAACUCAGCAAAUUGGUGGUUUCUACGACAGACAUACUGUUACACCCAUCUGGUUUUUGGGGCCUCACCAUGGUCCAGUUGCCUUUCUGCGAUCACGCCGGACACAGUUGUGACGGUUUCUGUCACUUCGCCGAUUCCAUUAUCAAGCUACUUGAGAAAGCCCGUUCUCUCGUCGUUGACCUUCCCUUCCCUGAUGUGGAGACCCUUGGCGUGACAUGGGAGGCGCUAUCACUGGCAUUGACGCCCCCAACGGAGGACACUGUGAAGCUGUUCGCUGGCCGAAACUGA